UUUAGGAAUGAAAUCGUCUGCAUUGUUUAUUAUAUUUAUGGUUUAUACGUAGGUAUAAAUUGUAAAGGUUUGCGAGAUAUUUUGUAACAUAUACGAACAAGCCUGAAUGGUCCUCAGGCAUAUAUGCAACUGAAAACUCAGACCCCAGAAGUGACUCGAACCAAUACUGCCAGGAGCACUCUGCAACUGGUGUACAGGACAACAUAUUUUGUAACAUUUAUGAGUGACAUUGCGAUUAUGUACAUAACAAUACUUUAUCUACAUUAAUUAAACUGUCACUAUCCACUACUAAUUGAAAUUCCCAAAUGACUUUAAAUUAUCGAUCAUUAUAUACAUGUUAGCCUUAAGACUAGUCGGAGACCCACCGCUGUGCGCGUCUGUGGUUUUGUGAGGAUGUACCUUUAACCUACAGGUACUUAAUAUAAUUACCAUUCCCCAGGAUGCAACCACAACAGUUGACUAAUUCCUAAGCAUUUAUUUACUGAUGGGUGAACAGAGACAUGAGGUGAAAUGAAACGUUGCCGAAACAUAUUUGUUCUGACGAGGUAAUUGAACCCGGGACCUUUCAGUUGUAAACCAACGGCGCUGCUCACUGCGCUUAUAAAAUUAUUAUUAUUAUCUAAUAUACGUUAAUAUAUUUACCUGAGAGCCACCGUCUCUUUAUAUGUGGACAUAUGUAAACAAUUAUUUUACAAUAUACGACAUUUAUUGAAAAUAUAUCUAUAUCAAUAUCAAAAUUGAUAUUGUAUUUCAGAUCAAAACUAUUAGGAAACUUUGUAUAUCUCCUUCGUAAACAAAGAAUAUCAAUAAAUUGUUAUUGAUAUUCAUGUAAAUUGUUAAAUUGUCAUUAAUUUUCUAAAUAUCAAUGCCAUCUCAGCUAGUUUAUUUAUAUUUCCGUAAAUCCGGAUUCCGGCUCCGAACGCACGUUGUUGACAAACAGGCAGCGACAAUAUUGACAUUUGCGAGAAGUUCAGCUGGACGAGACACUUGACCGAGCCGGUGGCAAGGUACUGAUGCUGUCAUAGUGAUGCUCUGGUUAUACCAGUGCAGUGCCAGACUCUAAGGUUUUGAGAGCCCGCGUUAUCCCGUCCUUGAUAUAAAUACAUACCGUCUUCAAUGCCGUGAAUAUAAAUGAGCCCGAGAAACUGUAAUAUUCGUGAAAUUUGUUAUAAUAACUAUCGCGGUGCUGACACUUCUAAUAAAGUAAAAAACCUAAUCAAUUAAAUUUUGUACUUGCAACCAGAGUGAACAAUGGAGUGUGCUGCAAUAAAGCUUCUGAUCGACACUCAACAUGAAGCAUAUAAAAAUGCAUUGGAAUUGUUUGUCACUCAGUUGACAAAUAAAAUUGAUGCUUCCCAAGUGCAGAUACUGGAACUGGCUAAAAGCCUGGAAUACAUCCAAGCUGAUGUUUCCGAUUUAAAAUCCCAGGUGAAGCAACUUGCUAACAAUAAAGCUGACGAUAAGCAAAAUACCCAAAAUACCAUGAAGUGGCAAGAUCGGAUUCGCUCCAGUCAACUGACAAGAGAUGCAAACCACAUCACAGACAGUCAUCCCACCCACACCAGUCUCUGUAUCGAAGGAAUGGAUGAACUCGAACAUGAAACAUCGGAGCAGUUGACUGCCAAGGUAUCUAAGUUCUUGGAAGAGAAGCUGAAGAUGUCAGGUGUCCCCUUGGAACAAGUUCAUCGCGAGGGGCAGCAACAAGACCACCGUCCACGCCCAGUUAUCGUUACAUUUUGCUACUACAAGGAUCGAUGUGCUGUGCUGAGAUGCUCUAGGAUGUUGCAGGGUCUGAAAAUAUACAUCCACGAAAAUCUCAUUGACACAUCGCAAAGGAUGGUGAAAGCUAAGGAAGGAAAAAUGCCUUAUCUUAGUCACGCCGAGCUGAUUGCGAAAUACAAAGAUACAACCUCUCAUGAUGCCUUCAACUGUGCGAUCCUGCCUGUAACAGAGUCAUCAUCUGCCCCAACAGAAGCUGCCAUCCACCAGCAAGGCGUCUCCUCCACUCCUAAUGCUGAUACGGGCGGCGGGCGACAGGUGGUCUCUCUCCACGUGGGCCAAGCCGGUGUACAACUUGGGCGUGUAUGCUGGGAACUGUUUUGCCUCGAACAUGGUAUCUUCCCAGAUGGUGUACCCUACCCAACUGUUAAUGAGGAAUCAUCCUUGGAUCCUUUCUUUUCUGAAACAAGUGAUGGAAAAAUGGUGCCCAGGUCCAUCUUCAUCGACUUGGAGCCCUCUGUUGUAGAUGAGAUUCGACGUGGAACACACCAGGAUUUAUUUCAUCCAGCAAAUCUGAUUACCCACAAGGAGGAUGCUGCUAACAAUUUUGCAAGAGGUCGCUACACCAUUGGCCGGGAAGUUGUGCAUACUGUAAUGGAGCGCAUCAGGAGGCAGGUUGAAGCCUGCUCUGGUCUGCAGGGAUUCAUAUGCACUCAUUCCUUCGGUGGUGGCACUGGAUCUGGGUUUAUGGCGCUGCUGUUGGAGAAGCUGCUCCAAGAAUAUUCCAGCACCAGCUUAAUGAGAUUCUGUGCAUUUCCUUCACCACAGAUGUCAACAGCAGUAGUGGAACCUUAUAACACUAUUCUCCACGCUUCAAAUACCAUGGAGUAUGAUCACUGCGCUUUUGUAUUUGACAAUGAAGCUACAUAUAACAUGUGUGUAAAUAAAUUAGGAAUUGAACGCCCAACUUUCUCAAAUCUGAAUCACCUUGUUGCUCAAGUUAUAUCUGCAUCUACUGCCUCUCUCCGAUUUGGUGGUUCCCUCAAUGUAGAUGUACGAGAUUUUAAUACAAACUUGGUGCCUCUUCCCCGCCUUCAUUUUCCAGUGAUGACUUAUGCACCAGUCAUACCAGCAGACAAUGCUUAUCGAGAGCAACAAUCUGUUUCAGACAUGACCACAGCUUGUUUUGAUCCUUCUUCACAAAUGGCAACAUGUAAUCCAGUUAAUGGCAAGUACAUGUCAUGUUGCUUGCUAUACCGUGGAGAUGUAACGCCUAAUGAUGUGCAGAGGGCUAUAUCUGCUAUAAAACUCAAGAAAACUGUUCAGUUUGUGGAAUGGUGUCCCACAGGUUUCAAAUUAGGAAUCAACAGUGGACAUCCAAAGGUGCUCCCAGGUGGAGACCUAGCCAAAAUGAGCAGAGCUGUAUGUAUGCUAGCAAACACCACUGCCUUUAAAGAUUCCUGGGACCGCAUCAACCAAAAGUUUAAUCUAAUGUACAGCAGACGUGCAUUUGUACACUGGUAUGUUGGAGCAGGUCUAGAAGAAUCUGAGCUUACAAUUGCUCAAGAAAAUUUGGCUCAGCUUGUGAAAGAUUAUGAAGAGGUUGAUGGUGAUAGUACUGAGGAAAUUGAUACUGAUGAAUUUUAAAGAAAGUUUAGGGUAAAAGCUCUUCAAGCUUACAGUGACAAGACUCCUAUCUGCCCAUGCUCGCUUCCCUGUUGCUCAGAUAGAACUACUGUAAGUGUGGAGAAAUUCAACCUUAAUCCCUAUGCAUACCUGUUCCUGUUCCAUGCAUACACACACUUAUAUGCCUGGCUGAAUUGUUGGUCAACACCAGCCAACAUAACAGACUUCAGAGGUGGUCUCGACCACUGUCAGCCUGUUGACUUUUUCCGCUUCGGCGUUUAUCUGCGCUCGAUGCGAUCUGGACUGUCAUUCUCGGGUUGGCCUUCACAGCCACAGCAGGUGUUGCAUCCAACUAGACACCCAGGGCACAACUCUAUAACCCCAUGG